AGCUCAUGUUUUGCGCGCUCCUGGAGCUGUUCUGCGCGAACCCAUUGCCAGUCUGAGGGAUCCUGCAAAUUAACGGCCUUUUGGGGCUAUUGGAGUCAAGCUAGUCCUGAAAUCACUACUUGGCUGUUUUGCUUCAUAACCUGUCAAUAUGGAGCAGAACAACAGCCUCACUCCUUUUGCUCAAGUGCUGGCAUCUCCGCAGGGAGCCAUGACACCUGUCCUGCCCAUUUGCAGUCCUAUAAUGGAGUUCGGCACGGGUCUUACACCACAGUCAGUGCAGAACACCAACAGCUUGUCCCUUCUGGAGGAGCAGCAGCGACGGCAGCAGCAACAACAGGCAGCCUCACAACAGCAGGGUGGGAUGAUGGGAGCUUCAGGCCAGACACCACAGCUCUACCACUCGCAGGUCUCCACCACAACAGCACUGCCAGGCAACACGCCAGUUCAUACAACACCUCUCACCCCUAUGACUCCCAUCACUCCUUCCACUCCGGCCUCAGAGAGCUCUGGCAUCCUUCCCCAAUUACAGAAUAUUGUGUCCACUGUAAACUUGGGGUGCAAACUUGAUUUGAAGACAAUAGCACUUCGAGCCAGAAAUGCUGAAUAUAAUCCAAAGCGUUUUGCUGCCGUCAUCAUGAGAAUACGAGAACCCAGAACAACAGCUCUCAUCUUCAGCUCAGGGAAGAUGGUGUGUACGGGAGCGAAAAGUGAGGUACAGUCUCGAUUGGCAGCCAGAAAAUAUGCCAGAGUGGUGCAGAAGUUGGGUUUUCCUGCUAAAUUCUUAGACUUCAAAAUUCAGAACAUGGUGGGCAGCUGCGACGUCAAGUUUCCCAUCCGAUUAGAGGGCCUUGUGCUUACACACCAGCAGUUUAGCAGCUAUGAACCGGAGUUGUUUCCCGGAUUAAUCUACAGAAUGAUCAAACCCAGAAUUGUCCUUUUAAUAUUCGUUUCAGGCAAAGUUGUACUUACAGGUGCAAAGGUUAGAGCAGAGAUCUAUGAAGCAUUUGAGAAUAUAUACCCCAUCCUGAAAGGAUUCCGGAAAACUACAUAAUCUUGUUGUUAACGUUGAUUAACUACUUCCUGAGCCCACCGUGUGACCCACGCAGUUUUAUUUACUUUUGUAAGCCUGUAAAUAUGAAGGACUCAUUUACUUCACUCAGAAAGUGAACCGAUUUGAGCUUUAAAAUGCUUUUAUUUUUACAUUUUAAAUGUUUUUCACCUGCCAUUUGGUUUGCAAAAUACUGUUUUAUCCAUGUCUGAACAUUUUAAUGUUUUGAAUUAUGGUUUUAUG